AGGAGAAGAGGGGAGAAAAUUGAGAAGUCGCGAACGAAGUUCGACUUCGUGCUGAAGCUCUUCAAGCAACAGCUGUUCGACUGUAUCUAAAGACAGACAUAUAUAUAUAUAUAUAUAGAGAGAGAGAGAGAGAUGCACACGGAGACUAGGGUUGGGAUGGUGGUGGAAGGCGCCGGAGGAGGAGGAGGAGGAGGAGGAGGAGGACAGAUACUGCUCAAUUCGGGCCACAGCGGCGUCGCCGUCGACGGUGGCGCGGCGCACAAAUUCGUGGCCCAGCAGAGGGCGUUGCGCCACCAUCAGCAAUCGCAGAUCGGCACCGUCUCGCAGCUCCUUGCCGGCGGCGUCGCGGGAGCCGUCAGCAAGACCUGUACGGCGCCGCUUGCUCGCCUCACCAUCCUCUUUCAGGUACAGGGCAUGCACUCUGAUGUUACAUUGAGAAAAGCUAACAUUUGGCGCGAGGCUUCCCGCAUUGUUAGAGAAGAAGGAUUUAGGGCUUUCUGGAAAGGAAAUCUAGUUACAAUUGCUCAUCGUUUGCCUUACUCUUCUAUUACCUUUUAUGCAUUUGAACGCUACAAGAAUCUAUUACCAUGUAUCCUGGGGGCGGAAAGUCACAGGGGAAAUGCAAGUACAGACCUUUUUGUUAAACUUGUGGGUGGUGGUCUGGCUGGAAUUACUGCUGCAUCGAUGUCAUAUCCUUUGGAUCUUGUAAGGACGCGUCUUGCUGCUCAGACAAAUGUCGUGUACUAUAGAGGAAUAUGCCAUGCUCUAUGUACAAUUAGCAGGGAGGAAGGCAUCUUUGGCCUUUAUAAAGGGCUUGGGGCAACAUUGUUGGGUGUUGGUCCUAAUUUAGCUAUCAGCUUUUCUGUGUACGACACCUUGAGAUCUUACUGGCAGUUACAAAGACCUGAUGACUCUACUGUCUUGGUCAGUCUUGCUUCUGGCAGCCUUUCAGGCAUAGCAUCAUCUACAGUAACAUUUCCUCUGGACCUUGUGAGGCGGCGGAUGCAGUUGGAAGGAGCAGGAGGCCGAGCCCGUGUUUAUAACACGGGCCUUUUUGGUACAUUUGGGUACAUAAUCAGAACAGAAGGCCUGCGCGGUUUGUACAGAGGGAUUUUGCCCGAAUACUACAAAGUGGUGCCAAGUUUGGGUAUCGUUUUCAUGACUUAUGAGAAAGUGAAGCAGAUGUUAUCAGAGAUUCCCGCCAACGACUAACUGCUGCUGAAGGUCUUUUUGGUAAUUCAAUUGGUGGUGGUAGAUAGUCAGGAGGAACAUAGCAUACUAUAUUGAUCUUAACCCUAAAUACUAUACGGUGGUAGUUUAACAUUGUGACUGCUUCUGCGUCUGGUCUGCGGGAAACCGUAUUUUUCCAUGUACAGAUGGGGAAAGAGGAACGCCGUGUCGUGUGACUGACAUCUCAAGUGUACCAAACAUUGUUCAUCACCUGAGAGAGUAACAUAGCAUUAACAUCAUUCAAUUAUGCUUUUUCCAA